AUGCCUCGCUCACCUCGCCCUCUGUUGGAGGUUCCCGAGUCCUACAGCUCUCUCCCUUUACGCCAAAUCAAGGUCACCAAUGUGCCCGAGUCAUCUCAGAUCGUGACUCCCGUGCUACUGAUCACGCUGAACCGACCCCAAAAACUCAAUGCCUUCACCGAGUUUAUGCGGGAGGACUUGGAACGGGUCUACGAGCUUGUGAAUAUUGACCCCCGAGUCAAAGCGGUGGUUUUGACGGGCGCUGGGAAUGCCUUCUGCGCAGGAGCCGAUCUCGAAAUUGGAUUCCCAGGAGUCAAAGACGAGCACGGGACGCUUCGAAGACCGAAGACAGAGCGCGACAUCGAUCAUCGAGACGGUGGUGGAAGAGCGGCACUGGCAAUUCAUUAUUGUACUAAGCCCACGGUAGCGGCCAUACAAGGCUCUGCCGUCGGUGUGGGUAUUACACUUACACUGCCCGCAGCGAUUCGCGUCGCCUACGCGAAGGCCAAUGUCGGGUUUGUCUUCAGUAGACGAGGUGUUGUAAUGGAGGCCUGCUCCAGCUAUUUCCUUCCUCGCUUGAUCGGUCACUCCAGGGCAAUCCACCUGGCUGCCAUGGGCGCCGCGUAUAGCGCCGACCAUCGCCUCUUCAGCACCCUUUUCUCCGAAGUGUGUGCAACGCCGGAGGCGACUUUGGCACGGGCGCUCGAACUCGCUCAAAAUCUUGCGCAAAACACGUCGACAGUUUCGACAAAAAUCAUGAGAGAAUUGAUGUACCGAGGCCCUGAUAACGUUGAAGAAGCACACCUGCUUGAUUCGCAGAUGAUUUAUGGCCUAUAUGGACGCAAGGACAAUCUUGAGGGUGUACAGAGUUUCCUGCAGAAGAGGCCAGUGAAUUUCACGGGCCAGUUGCCGCAAGAUGCGCCAGAUGGAUAUCCAUGGUGGAGGCAAAUCGAUAUCGGCGAUAAGCCUCUGGAGUACAGCCAUGAAAAGGCCAAGCUGUAA